CAAAGUUAGCAAUUUCUAUCUCUUGUCGUGUAAUUGUCUGUUGAUUACCCAUGAUCGCUGGUAUUCGCUGCUUAAACACCGGCAACUGCAUGCUCACACAUUUAAACAGCAACUGUAUGCUCACACAGGCGUACCAUCAAACUUACAUGCUAAUUCGGACUGCUAACACGUGUGUAUCUUGCUGAGCUUUGUAUAUUACUGCCGAUGUCUGCUCCAACUCUUUCACAGCAUGGUGGGUUAGAGGUGUUGGUCCCAGUGUCAGCAAGUGACUAUCCUAAAUUGGUGAAACACCUUAGAACUCAACAACCUCACUCACUAAAGGUCAUUGGCCAUUUGACAUCCAAUGUGAAGUCUCCAGAUUGGAAAACUGAGGUGUACGUUGACUCAUGGUCACAUUUGAGUGUUGUCAUAUGUUUGAAUCGUAAACACAUUGGGCCAUAUAUUACCCUAAGUGAUACCGAUAUUUAUCUUCAUUCAACAUGCUCAGAGAAACUAAAGGAAAUUUUACUUAAUAGUACUGUUAUUGACUGGGGAAACACAGUGUUCUUUGAUGGAAUUGAUGAUGCUUUGUUACCAGACUUGCAAGAAAUCGCACCUCAAUCAGGAAAACUCAAGUUGGAAUUUUGUGCCAACAUUCAUUUACAUACAAAUACUGACAGAUUGAAUUGGGCUACUCCGAAUGGAACUCUCCUUUCUCCAUUGACAGUGGCUGAAGCGAGGAUCGUUCUGAAAAACUGGAAAUUUGGACGUGACUGGAUGUUGUCUGAGAUUGAACAUAUCAUUCAAACAAACCUAACCAGUGGACUUUUCACCAAUGAAGGUGAACUCGUAGCAUGGGCUCUUGAAGGUUUCUAUGGUGGAAUUGGAUUUGUGCACACAUUGGAAAAUCAUCGACGCAAGGGUUAUGCAAAGAUCGUAGUAGCGGACUUGACAAAAAAAAUGCUGACAGCAGGUCAGACACCGUGGGCCCAUGUGGAAGACCAUUCAGAGAAAGGUGUGUCAGAAAGACUGUUGGAAAGUGUUGGCUUUCUCAAGAGUGACGUCAGGCAAGCAUUUAUAGGUUUCGCUCCACAUGGGAAAGAAAUUAUUUGGUGA